GGCCGAAGACCAUGACAGGUCUCCCAAGCACAUCAGGAACUACUGCCAGCGUGGUGAUUAUCCGCGGGUCAAAGAUGUACGUUGCUCACGUUGGCGAUUCAGGAGUGGUCCUGGGAGUCCAGGAUGACCCCAAAGACGACUUUGUGAGAGCUGUGGAGGUGACACAGGACCAUAAACCGGAACUUCCUAAAGAAAGGGAGAGAAUUGAAGGCCUUGGGGGCAGUGUGAUCAACAAGUCUGGCGUGAAUCGUGUCGUUUGGAAGAGGCCUCGUCUGACUCACAAUGGCCCCGUGCGCCGCAGCACCGUCAUCGACCAGAUUCCGUUCCUGGCAGUUGCCAGAGCGCUUGGUGAUCUUUGGAGCUACGACUUCUACAGUGGUGAAUUUGUUGUGUCUCCUGAACCUGACACUAGUGUGCACACAAUUGAUCCCCAGAAGCACAAAUAUAUUAUCCUUGGCAGUGAUGGACUGUGGAACAUGAUCCCACCUCAAGAUGCUAUCUCCAUGUGCCAGGAUCACGAGGAGAAAAAGUGCUUCAUGGGAGAGCACCGCCAGUCUUGUGCCAAGAUGCUGGUGAACAGAGCACUGGGCCGGUGGCGGCAGCGCAUGCUUCGUGCAGAUAACACUAGUGCCAUCGUCAUCUGCAUCUCGCCGUUGCAGGACAGCAAAAGCAACUUGGAAAAUGAAGAAGAAUUGUAUCUCAACUUGGCUGAGAGUCCCUCCUAUAGCAGCCCUGAUACGAAUGUCAUGACACCCUCUCGCUGCUGUACCCCCCCUGUCAAGCUUUUAGAAGAUGAUCCAUGGCCACGGCUGAAUGCUUCUGAGCCUAUUCCUCCCCUCAUGCAUAGCAACAUGAUCUCGGAAAAAUAUUUAGAGCUGCCAAACGAGCUUGCCAAAAGCAGUUUACCUUCAUCAGGAGCGACCCUGAAGGAUUCAGGCCCACAGGAGGAGAAGUGCACCAAAGCGUUGGCUUUGAGGAUACAGGAAUCCUACAGUAACGGUUUGUCAGUCAGCCUCUCCCCUUCCAACUCCGCAAAUUCAGGCACGGACCAAAAAGGCUUCAAGGUCUCCCCUAAUGGCCAAACAAAAGCCCCAGAUGCAGAGAGGACACCCACAGCAAACUUUAAAAGGACAUUAGAAGAAUCCAACUCUGGCCCAGCUGUGAAGAAGCCAAGACGCAGCCUGAGUCGAAACAUCGGUGUCCAGCCAGAAGGCGUGUCCGCCACGCCACAGCGCAAGAACUCCAACAAGCUGACCAUGCGGCGCAGCCUGCGGGGCCAGAAGAAGCUCAGCAACUCCCUCUUCCACCCGCCCAGGAAAGCAGUCUGCGUUUGCUGAAGGGCAUUUUUUGUGUAAGGAAGUGUAUUUUGAUCUGAUUAGAAUUUUAAAGUUGGUGCAGAAGUUUGAAACUCUUCCCGUUUAUCUUUUUUUAAAGUAGAAACUUUUUUUGGUAUCAAACAGCUUUAUCCCAGCGUUGUACUUGCUUGUAUUAUAACUGUGAAUUUUGUAGAUGUGUAGGGUAUAAGUCACUGUAAAAUGUGUGUAAAUUUGUAUUCCUUCAUAUAAAUGUAGUCUCUUUUCUUCCUUGUAUAAUUGUUACAGCGGGGCUAAACCUUGUUUUAAAAAAAAAAUAAUAAUCCUUUUUGUUAAUUUACUAAAGUCAUGAAUUUGUAUACGCUUCUUGUGAUGAGAAUUUCACAACUUUUUAACUAAAGUAAAUUAUUAAACAGAAUGGAAGAUAUGUAUUUUCGUAGUACUAUACGUUCCACCUAAAGUGUGUCUUUUAGAGAAUACACUAGGUCUAUAUUUUGGUUUUAAAUUUUAGAUUUCUCUACUCAGAAAUGAAAUGUACGUGGAAGCGGAGAUGUUGAGUCUUGCUUUACACAGCUCAAUGUCGAUCUCUUUAUGUUAAUUAAAAUACUAUGCAGUAUCUUAUUUAGUUGUAUUUUUUGUAACAUUAAUCGUCAAAGUAUUUAGCAAAAAAAAGUGUGUGUUUUAAAACUCUGACUCCCAAAAGCAUCGUACAAAGCCAUUCCCAUCCCCUGUUACAAAUGAUGGCAUUUUUAUCCAGGCAUAAAUGUCUGCCUUAGAGGCAUGAAUUUUCUGCUAUUCCAAUACUGAUGGUGCUGCUAAUACCUUUCAACAUAAGUUCUUAAAUUAUUUUAUGACUAUUUUCAUUGAGUAUGUGGACCAUGUGUAUGUUCACCUAAAUAAAACACAUGAAAAUUUGA